CCGGUGUUGCCACACAGAGCAGCCAUUCAUCGGCUCUACAGUCAGCCACACACACUCCCAUGUCGAACCACUGGACAUCUAAAUUGGUGUGACUGCUUUUGCUGAGACGGAUCUCGACAGUUGAAAGGAUUUGGACAUUUGAACGCAGCAGUAUGGCUUUACCUGAGGAGAGUCAGCAAUAACUGGGAUCCAGAACAUCUUAUUCAAUUCAAACGAAUCAACCACGCAUACUAGUUUGGACUCUCUCUGAAACUAAUUUCACAUUCGCGGAUUGUCUUGUCGUUAAUUGUAAGUAAUACAAAAUGUCCGGUGAGGAGCACAGCCUGUCCGAGGCGGAACUGAGUCCAGCAGGGUCAGACGAUGGUCACUCGAUGUCACCGACUCAACCCGGGGCGCCACCCAGCCAGGAUUCACCUCUGGCCGGGCCGCCGCCGCCGCAGCUGACCUCGCUCUGCGUCGCGGACGGCAGCGAGGAGGACGGAGGCGUCGUCGUCAAAUCGGAGCUCGACGAUCGCUUCCCGAUCGGCAUCAGGGAGGCGGUCAGUCAGGUGCUGGACGGAUACGACUGGACACUUGUUCCGAUGCCGGUGCGCGUCAACAACGGAAACAAAGCCAAGCCUCACGUCAAGAGGCCCAUGAACGCCUUCAUGGUGUGGGCGCAGGCGGCGAGGAGGAAACUUGCUGACCAGUACCCCCACCUGCACAACGCGGAGCUCAGCAAGACCCUGGGCAAACUGUGGAGGCUUCUGAAUGAGAGCGACAAGAGGCCAUUCAUCGAGGAGGCGGAGAGGCUGAGGAAACAGCACAAGAAGGACUACCCGGAGUACAAGUACCAGCCCCGGAGACGUAAAAACGGCAAACUGGCUACUGCUGGCGAGACCGACAGUCAGGGGGAAGGGGAGGCCAGCCACUCCCAGUCACACUACAAGACCCUGCACCUGGAGCACAAUGGCGGGGCUGGCUCUUCCCUGGGAGACCUGCACCACCACCACCAUCACCACAACCACCCUGCUGGUCAGGGUCACAGCCCACCCACGCCCCCAACCACCCCGAAGACAGAGCUCCAGUCUGGGAAGCUGUCGGAUGCAAAGAGGGAGGGGGCAGCAGGGGGGGCCGGAGGAUCAGCGGGGCCCAGGGGGGCCCUCGGGGUGGGAGGUGAGGGGGCUUCCGGUGGCUCGUCCUCGUCGGGCGCCAAACCCCACAUUGACUUCGGCAACAUGGACAUCGGCGAGAUCAGCCACGAGGUGAUGUCUAACAUCGAGCCGUUCGACGUGAACGAGUUUGACCAGUAUCUUCCGCCAAACGGCCACCCGCAGAGUGUUUCUGGGGCCCCCGCGGUCGGAUCCUCGGCCUCGUCAUAUGCCUACGCCCUGGCCGCCGCCAGCGGGCACUCGGCGUGGCUCUCCAAGCAGCAGCAGCCUCAGGCCUCCCCGUCUUCAUCCGACCCCUCCAAGGCGCAGAUCAAGAGCGAGUCCGCGGCCGGGGGCCACUAUGCCGAGGCCUCGUCCUCUCCCUCCUCAGGCGCCCACGUCACCUACACCCCGCUCAGCCUCCCUCAUUACGGCUCUGCGUUCCCCUCGCUGGCCUCCCGGGCACAGUUUGAGUACGGAGAGCACCAGGCCCCCGGGGCGUACUACGCCCACUCCGGCCAGGCCCCGGGGCUGUACUCAGCCUUCUCCUACAUGGGCCCUACACAGAGGCCUCUGUACACUACCAUUGGAGACCCCUCCAGCGUGGCCCCCUCCCACAGCCCCACGCACUGGGAGCAGCCUGUUUACACCACACUCACAAGACCUUGAGGGAGACCAGCUGAGCAGAGGGAAAUAUGGGAAGUGUGCGAGUGGAUCCGUGUGUCUGAGGGUGUGCAAAUAUGUGAGUGUGUGACUGUGUGUGCGUGUGAGCGCCCGUGCCAUAUUGAUGUUAUACAAGAGGUUUUUACUUUACUUUUUUUCCCGAGCCAAUAUAAUGCAAGACGCAUCCACGGGGCCUCAGACAUUUAAAAAGAAUAAAAUGAACAGCCUCAAACUCACACAACAUAAAGUGUGACUCCUGGGGUCAACUGCCAAUCAGAAAUCAAAUAUGCCUUAACAAACGUGUGCCAUCGUACAUUUUAUGAGUCUGGACGUUCAGCAAGUUUGUAUACAAGACAAGUGCGGAUGUCGCAUUGAUGAGUGACUCUGAAACGAUGGGUUUAGAUAUCGACAUAAUCAGAUUUUAUUAACCAAACUAAAGAUAAAAAGAUGGGGGGGAGGGGUUCUUGAUGUUAUUGUGUUAUUUUAUAUGAGUAGUAAGUUUAUUGUCAUUGUUGAUCUCCAAGUGUGUAACUUUAUUUUGACUGAUUUGAUAAUUACACUAAUACAUCUGCACCACUGCUUUGGGAAAAGCAUGUUUUUGUUUUCAACAAGAUGUUUCCUGGAGUUUUCUUUCUUCUUCUUGUGGCCAGAAAAGGAAAGAUGCAACCCUUUUCUUUGUACAUAGCACCCUCUGUGUUUCUAUCCUUUCAUCGCAUUGACUUCACUGAAUUGAACAAUUUAGCAUUUAAGGGGAAAAAUAGGAAAAACAGAGGGAAAGAGAUGUAUUGCAGCUUAACGCUCGGUCUUGGACACUUACCUCAACUCGGUUCAUUUUGUGCCAACAUCGAAGGAUAAAUACAACACUGAAUACCUGCUAAUAAUGCUGAAGGUGUUCAGAAUGUCAGAGCAGUCCACAUGUGCUUCAGUCCUCCUGUUUUUCUCGCUCGCUUUUUAAGUAUAACGGUUUGCUGAGUCGCGUUACAUUUCUUUCCAAUAACUGAGUUAAAAUCUAUAAGUGCAAAAUCUACACCAAAUCUUUGCAGAUAAUUGGCCAGCUUUGGGUUCUACUUAAGGAUUAGAAUCACAUGUACGACUGCGCUGCACUGCAUGUAGGCCAAAAGCAUAUUUUUGUCAUUCCUGUUUUUUUCUUCUUCUUCCUCAUAUUAUACCCAAACAGCCCUCUUCCUCUUCAGCAAUGUGAAUAAUGGUCAUUACCACGGGCUGCACCUCUAUUAAGCGACGCAUCCGUCAUCAUUUUAUAUUGACCCUUUUACCAUGUAGUUAUUAUUUUUUAUGUCAGUAAUAAUGCAUUGUGUGUCACUCCUUUGCUUCUUUCAUUUUGUAUAAUUCUGGAUAGUUUUGUAAAGUGUUUGCUAUACAUUCACUUGAGUAUCUUUGCUUCCAUACAAGAAAAGCAAUGUCGAAACGUUAUUGUUGUCAUCUAUUAAAUCAAUUUAUUUAUAAAAAACAUACAAAAAACA